CCGCCCCAUUCUGCAGAUGGGGACGUCGAGGCCCGGGCUGCCGGAGACCUCCUCGGGGGCAGCGGCUCCGGAGGCCGAUGGCGCCCUCGAAGGCUCGGAAGGUCGCGGAUGCGAAACGCAACCGGUGCCCUUCGUUCCGCAGGUGCUGGGCAUGAUGAUCGGGGCCGGUGUCGCGGUGCUCGUUACGGCCGUGCUCAUCCUCCUGCUGGUGCGGAGGCUUCGUGUGCCCAAAGCCCCCACUCCGGAGGGCCCCCGGUACCGGUUUCGGAAGAGAGACAAAGUGCUUUUCUAUGGCCGGAAGAUCAUGCGGAAGGUGUCACAGUCAACUUCCUCCCUGGUGGACGCCUCUGUCUCCACCACUUCCAGGCCACGCAUGAAGAAGAAACUUAAGAUGCUUAACAUAGCCAAGAAGAUCCUGCGGAUCCAGAAGGAGACCCCCACACUACAGCGGAAGGAGCCACCGCCAUCCGUGCUUGAGGCUGACCUAACAGAGGGUGACCUGGCCAACUCCCACCUGCCCUCUGAGGUGCUCUACAUGCUCAAGAACGUCCGGGUGCUGGGCCAUUUUGAGAAACCUCUCUUCCUGGAGCUGUGCCGGCACAUGGUCUUCCAGCGGCUGGGCCAGGGUGACUAUGUCUUCCGGCCAGGCCAGCCAGAUGCCAGUAUCUAUGUGGUACAAGAUGGACUGCUGGAGCUCUGCCUGCCAGGACCUGAUGGAAAGGAGUGUGUGGUGAAGGAGGUGGUACCCGGGGACAGUGUCAACAGCCUCCUGAGCAUCCUGGACGUCAUCACGGGCCACCAGCACCCCCAGCGCACAGUGUCUGCUCGAGCUGCCCGGGACUCCACCGUACUGCGCCUGCCCGUGGAGGCCUUUUCCACCGUAUUCACCAAGUACCCCGAGAGCUUAGUACGCGUGGUGCAGAUCAUCAUGGUGAGACUGCAGCGAGUCACUUUCCUGGCGCUUCACAACUACCUGGGACUCACCAAUGAACUCUUCAGUCACGAGAUCCAGCCUCUGCGCCUUUUCCCCAGCCCUGGCCUGCCCGCUCGCACCAGCCCUGUGCGGGGCUCCAAACGUGUGGCCAGCACCUCGGCCACCGAGGAACCCCGGGAGAACCCAGGCCGGCCACCAGACCCCACUGGGGUCCCCCUGCCUGGACCUACAGGGGACCCUGUGAAACCUUCCACCUCCCUGGACGCCCCCUCUGCUCCCCUGCUGAGUCGCUGUAUCUCCAUGCCAGUGGACAUUUCAGGUUUGCAGGGCAGUGGACCCCGCUCUGACUUUGACAUGGCCUAUGAGCGAGGCCGUAUCUCCGUGUCGCUGCAGGAAGAGGCCUCCGGGGCGCCCCAAGCUGCACCGGCUCGGACCCCCACUCAGGAGCCCCGGGAGCAGCCAGCAGGGGCCUGUGAAUACAGUUACUGUGAAGAUGAGUCAGCCAGUGGCGGCUGCCCCUUUGGGCCUUACCAGGGCCGCCAGACAAGCAGCAUUUUUGAGGCGGCCAAAAGGGAGCUGGCAAAGCUAAUGCGGAUUGAGGACAUCUCCCUUCUGAACAGCCGAGUUCUGUUACAUCAUGCCAAAGCUGGCACCAUCAUUGCCCGCCAAGGUGAUCAGGACGUGAGCCUGCACUUCGUGCUCUGGGGCUGCCUGCACGUGUACCAGCGCAUGAUCGACAAGGCCGAGGACGUGUGUCUGUUCGUGGCGCAGCCCGGGGAGCUGGUGGGGCAGCUGGCGGUGCUCACGGGCGAACCCCUCAUCUUCACGCUGCGGGCCCAGCGCGACUGCACCUUCCUGCGGAUCUCCAAGUCCGACUUCUAUGAGAUCAUGCGCGCACAGCCCAGCGUGGUGCUAAGCGCAGCGCACACCGUGGCCGCCCGAAUGUCAUCCUUCGUCCGCCAGAUGGAUUUUGCCAUCGACUGGACGGCCGUGGAGGCAGGCCGCGCCCUGUAUAGGCAGGGCGACCGCUCCGACUGCACCUACAUCGUGCUCAACGGGCGUUUGCGCAGCGUCAUUCAGAGGGGCAGCGGCAAGAAAGAGCUGGUGGGAGAAUACGGCCGAGGGGAUCUCGUGGGCGUGGUGGAGGCCUUGACACGCCAGGCACGUGCUACCACGGUGCAUGCAGUGCGAGACACAGAGCUGGCCAAGCUCCCGGAGGGCACCCUGGGCCACAUCAAGCGUCGGUACCCGCAGGUUGUCACCCGCCUCAUUCACCUUCUGAGCCAGAAAAUCCUGGGGGAUUUGCAGCAGCUUCAAGGACCUUUCCCAGGUUCGGGGCUCGGUGUACCCCCACACUCGGAGCUCACCAACCCAGCCAGCAACCUGUCAACGGUGGCCGUCCUCCCUGUGUGUACAGAAGUGCCCAUGGUCGCCUUCACGCUGGAAUUGCAACAUGCCUUGCAAGCCAUUGGUCCCACGCUACUCCUCAACAGUGACAUUAUUCGUGCCCGCCUGGGGGCCUCUGCCCUGGAUAGUAUCCAAGAAUUCCGGCUGUCAGGGUGGCUGGCUCAGCAGGAAGACGCCCACCGCAUUGUGCUCUACCAGACGGACACGUCCCUGACACCCUGGACCGUGCGCUGCCUGCGCCAGGCAGACUGCAUCCUCAUUGUGGGACUAGGUGACCAAGAGCCCACACUCGGCCAGCUGGAGCAGAUGCUGGAAAACACGGCGGUGCGUGCCCUCAAGCAGCUGGUGCUGCUGCACCGGGAGGAGGGCGCGGGGCCCACACGCACCGUCGAGUGGCUCAACAUGCGCAGCUGGUGCUCGGGCCACCUGCACCUCCGCUGUCCCCGCCGCCUCUUCUCUCGCCGCAGCCCCGCCAAGCUGCACGAGCUCUACGAGAAGGUCUUCUCCAGGCGCGUUGACCGCCAUAGCGACUUCUCCCGCCUGGCCCGGGUCCUGACCGGAAACACCAUCGCCCUGGUGCUGGGAGGGGGCGGGGCCAGGGGCUGCUCCCACAUUGGGGUGCUGAAGGCUUUAGAGGAGGCGGGGGUUCCGGUGGACCUGGUGGGUGGCACGUCCAUUGGCUCCUUCAUCGGGGCCCUGUACGCGGAGGAACGAAGCGCCAGCCGCACCAAACAGCGGGCCCGGGAGUGGGCCAAGCGAAUGACAUCAGUGCUGGAGCCUGUUCUGGACCUCACCUAUCCGGCCACAUCCAUGUUCACCGGCUCCGCCUUCAACCGCAGCAUCCACCGAGUUUUCCAAGACAAGCAAAUUGAGGACCUUUGGUUACCCUACUUCAACGUCACCACGGACAUCACUGCCUCUGCAAUGCGGGUGCACAAAGAUGGCUCGCUGUGGCGGUACGUGCGCGCCAGCAUGACACUCUCGGGCUACCUGCCGCCGUUAUGUGACCCCAAGGACGGCCACCUCCUCAUGGACGGAGGCUACAUCAACAACCUACCAGCCGACAUCGCGCGCAGCAUGGGUGCCAAGACGGUCAUCGCCAUCGACGUGGGCAGCCAGGACGAGACGGACCUGAGCACCUACGGGGACAGCCUGUCGGGCUGGUGGCUGCUGUGGAGGCGACUGAACCCCUGGGCCGACAAGGUCAAGGUGCCUGACAUGGCCGAGAUCCAGUCGCGCCUGGCCUACGUGUCAUGCGUGCGGCAGCUGGAGGUGGUCAAAUCGAGUUCCUACUGCGAGUACCUGCGGCCGCCCAUCGACUGCUUCAAGACCAUGGACUUCGGCAAAUUCGACCAGAUCUAUGAUGUGGGGUACCAAUACGGGAAGGCGGUGUUUGGGGGCUGGACCCGGGGCAACAUUAUUGAGAAGAUGCUCAGGGACCGGCGGUCCGCGGACCUGCAGGAGAGUCGCCGGACAGACGUCCUGGCCUUUCCCAGCUCUGGUUUCACCGACCUGGCCGAAAUCGUGUCCCGCAUUGAGCCCCCCAAAAGCUACGUGUCCGAUGGCUGUGCAGAUGGGGAGGAGUCUGACUGCCUGACGGAAUAUGAAGAAGAUGCAGGCCCGGACUGUUCCCGAGACGAGGGCGGGUCCCCCGAGGGCGCGAGCCCCAGCACCGCCUCGGAGAUGGAAGACGAGAAGUCCCUUCUGCGCCACCGGCGCUGUGCGCCCCCUGACGCCCCCAGUUCAGCAGCUGACGCCUGAGGACCUGGAACUGGGCCCCCCAUCCACUCCACAGCCUCCCUGGAGCGAGGCUGCAGGAAGGUUCUGUGGGGUGUCGUGUGCACCCCUUUCCGCUGCCUGCUGCUAUUUCUGCGACCCUCGUGGGGUCCCCUUACUGGAAAAACAUUGCACUGACACCUUGGAUCCUUCUAAUAAAACUUGACCCUCUUGGAAAA